AUGCGUUCCCUUACUGAGGAAGAAACCAAGACUCUUUUCACCAAGAUCGCCAAUUACACCGGCUCUUCUUUGUCACAGCUUGUUGCCCCCACUUCUGCUGUGGAUGGCGUCGAUGGAGAGGGAGGCCGCAUGGUCUUCCGCAUACAGAAAGACCGAGUCUUCUAUAUGCCUUUAAAACUCGCCAAUUUGGCUGUUUCUAUUCCUCGCGCUAGCUUGUUGAGUGUCGGAACAAUGAUUGGCAAAUUCACCAAGACUGGCAAGUUCCGUCUUGCCCUGACCAGCCUCGACGUGAUCGCUCCCCACGCCAGAUACCGCCUUUGGAUUAAGCCUAAUGGAGAGAGUAUGUCCCAGACCAACGAAUCUAUGGUGGAGAUUCUCAUGCUGAUGGUUGUUGUUUACAGUGCCCUUCCUUUACGGUUCCAACGUCGUUCGCGCCCACAUUGCUCGCUGGAGUGA